AUGAGCUGGGAAAGCACGGUCACCUACUAUCAGUUCCUGAACAGAAUGGCCCGCGAAAAGCUGGGCGGACUGCAUUCGGCGCAAUGUCUCAUCUGGUCCUUUGAUUUUGCCGAGAUCGAGGCUGCACAGGCAUCGGGAGACUGGGACAGGGCGACUGACAUGAUGGUGAACGCUGCCCGUCAGUUGGAGCGGGGCGGGGCGGAUUGCCUGGUCAUCUGCACAAACACGAUGCACAAGAUGGCCGGAGACGUGGAGGCGUCUGUCAACAUUCCGCUUCUUCACAUUGCCGAUGCGACGGCACCUUCGAUCACGGAAAACGGCUGCAAGACACCUCUGCUCCUGGCAACCGGAUACACGAUGGAGCAGGACUUCUACAAGGGACACUUGAAAGACAUACACGGCAUCGACGUGCGUGUGCCGGAUGCGGACGACCGAACGGAAAUUCAUCGCAUCAUCUAUGAAGAGUUGUGCAAGGGAGAGAUCUGGGCCGACUCAAAGCAGACGCUCCUUGAAAUCGUCGCAAAGGAACACGAAGCCGGGGCGGACGGUGUCAUUUUCGGCUGCACGGAAAUCGGGCUUCUGGUAUCAGCCGAUGACUUCAGCAUUCCCUCAUUUGACACAACAGCUCUGCAUGCUCGGGCAGCGUUGAAAUUCGCGCUGGAAACCGGUUGA